AUGACUGGCCCCAAACCCCCAAUUGAGAUCAAGGGCGAUUGCUCUACGAUCUACAGCGACACACUCUACGUCUACUCACCUGACGGUUCACCCAGUGGCUUCGCCUCAAUACCACUCCGUGAAAACGGCACUUGGACCACAUUGCCGAAACCAGAAUAUGCAGUCUCGGGCGCUGCUUGCAUCAAAGGCAAGACCUCUGGCAGCAAAGACGAAGUAUUCUAUCUGGUCGGCGGGACCGGCCCUUCUGGGAACAGCGGCCUCCAACGGUUCUCCUUCAGCAGCAAGAAGUGGGAGACCUUGCCCAUGACUUCAGCGGAAAUGAAGAAUCGCGUUGGACAUGGCGCUGGAUUCUUAUCUUCGACCUCGGACAUCGUGGUUUACGCAGGAAACACAGAUGGCAGCAAAGUCGCUUCCCAAUCCUCAUACGUUGUCUCGACUUCCACAUACGAUGUUUCAUCCGGUGCUGCCAUGGGCACACCUCCCCUCUAUAAUCCUAUCAUCUUGCCUUGGAGUGAUUCCCAAGUCGCUAUGAUCGGAGGCUCUACAACUAACACUGCCAUCUACCUCUACAACACCACGGGUUGGACUCUCUCAGAGGCAACUCUUCCAUCUGCACUCGACGACUCAUCUCGAUGUGCGCUUGUCUCGGAGGAUGAUGAUACGGUACUUGAAGUCUUCAAGAUGGAUUCUUCGCCAAACAGCGUGACCAGCUACCUCCUCAAAUCAAAGGGAAAGCUGCAAACCCCGGCCACCACCAUUGGCUCCGCGGACAAGAGAAGUAUCACCGACUCUUACAACAGCACCUUUGCACCCAAGACCUCUUGGUCAGAUUAUGCCCUUGCGCAAGGUAAUGGCAUGGUUGUUCUCUCGAGUGGCCAUAACAACGACUCCUUGGCGGUUUACAACUCGACCUCCAAUGGCUGGGCCAACUCCACGGCGCUGUUCUAUGGAAGUGGUGACCAGACCUCACUAAAGCCAUCCACCACUUCUUCCUUCACCACAUCAUCUACCCCGACAUCCACUUCAUCAACCUCGACCUCCGCCUCAACCACACCAACUUCUACAUCCACGUCCGCACCUGGGGCCGGUGGUCUCAGCAGCCAUGGCAAGACCAUUCUCGGCGCGACCCUUGGAAGUGUUCUUGGAUUUGGUGUCAUUCUACUUCUUAUCCUCCUUCUACUCCGCGGCAAGAAGGAUAAGAAGGCUGCGGCUGCGCAUGCCGGCUCUGGCGGCGACAGCAAGAGUCGCCUCAGCUUCCAAGAUCAGGGCAUAGAACCCCUGACCGAGGGGGCCUACCCAAUGGCCAGGUCCCCCGUCCCUCUCGCCGCCGCUGCAGCCUCGAACGACUCCCUCGCCAUCGUGACCGGCCAAUACAACGGAGAGAAAUCUCUCAAGCCACCCGGUGCAACAGGAUACGGCUUGGCUGGAGGCAAGAGUAGUCCAUUGUCCACCAUUCCUUCAAGCGGUGCCAUGGGCGCAUCAAGUGUCUACACUGAUGACACCGAUCGCGCCGGCGAUUCUACCGGACACGUCAACCAGCCGGGAGACCGAACAACCGACGAAGGAUGGGGCAAGUACUUUGAAGAGGGCGGCAACAUGCCAUCGGAUCGCUCAACCAUGAGCUCCAUCUACACCAAGUCCGACUACCGUGGCAGCGGAUGGCCAAUGGCCAACAUGGCCCCACUGAACUUCGGAUUCCUCGACCAACCCAAGCCCCUGGGCCAAGUGACGACCGGCAGUCCCACGACCGAAGUCAGCUCAUCCGAGAUGGGUAGCCGAAGCCUAGUCAUUCCCGAAGGUCAAUCCGCACGCAUCUCCAGCGCCGACUCUAUCAGCGUCGUAUCCGAAGACGACCGCGAUGACCCGCACUGGCAAAACGCCGCCCACAGCAGCUGGCUGGGUCGUCCCUCAAGCAGCAACUACAGCGCCAGCUUCUACAACCCCAGCUCUCGUGACCUUGCAGGCAUGUCGUCCAACACGCUCGAUGACAAAGCACGACAAUCGCGUCGGAGAUCCAGUGUUCUCAUCCCUGAAAACAUCGACGAACACCCACAAGGACAGAGCAAUCUCAACUCAGAUAUGAGCUGGCUCAAUCUCAAAGCUGAACGAUGA